UCUUAAUGGAAACAUUUGCUUUAAUUUUGUUUUGUCUUGCUCCAAGGUUCUCAGAUAUAUCUUCACGAACUGUUGGAAGGCAGCGAAAUCUUUCUUCCUGAAGUGACAAAACCACCCAGGAACCCAGAAUUAGUGGCCAGGCUGGAGAAGAUCAAAGCUAGGCUGGCAAAUGAAGAAUACAAGCAGAUGACAAAGAACAUCAACUGCCAGGAGCUGAACCGCCAUGGCACUCUGUCUGAUCUUGGAAGGCAAGUCAGGUCAGCCAAAGCUUUGAUCAUCACCAUAGUCAACUUCCUUGUCACUGUGGGAGCCACAUUUGUCUGUGCCUUUCUGGGCAGCCAGUACGUCUUCACCGAGAUGGCAGCGCGGGUGCUUUCAGCUGUGAUCGCAGCCUCUGUGGUAGGCCUGGCAGAGCUGUACGUGAUGGUGCGGACUCUGGAGGGAGAGCUGGGGCAGCCGUAGGCCCAGAGCUGGCUCCAAAGGCCGCUCCUUUGGCUCCUCCCUGCGCUCCUCUUCCUAGACUCAGGGAGAUGGGAUCAGCAUCUGCGACCAUCCACAGAUCCCCGAGGCGCCACUCAGGAGGGGGAACCCUCUCCCCCAGCAGCUUCCUUUGGGCAGAAAAGCAACUCUGCCUUCACCAGUCCUGCUUCUACGCCAGACGGGCCCGCGUCCUCCGUCUGCAGUGAGAUGUCUCCUCCCCAGGGGAGCCCACAGCUGUGUGGGGCUUUUUCCUCUGGUGCUGGAGCUGGUGGACAGAAAAGCAGCUUUCCAGCUUAGCGCUCACAUCUGUUGUGGAGGGGAGGGCCAUCCGUAAGGGAGCCGCUGCCGCCCGUUGGGCCCUUGGGGACUUCUGUGUAGCGAGAGCCUCGCCUUCUUACCUGGGCAGGGUCUCACCACAACUUCAUGCUCCUGCCACCAGAGUCUGGUUUCCUGUGAUGACAGCGAAUCUUUGUUGUGUGCAAUAAAAAGCAGCUCGCAAAA